AAACGUUUAGUAACCAGUGAGAUUCUUUCUCUUCUACGACGGCUCUCGAUUUGUAGAGUAGAGCCAUGGGUUGUUGCUUCCGUGCUAGAGAAGACCAAUCUACGAGUGAUUCAGUCUCUCAAGCCAAUUCCAACGAACAUUUUUCGAACAAGGCUUUGAAAUUGAAGUUAGCACCAACACAGCAUGUUUUCGUAAAUGCCGGUUUCUCGAGCAAUGUUUUACCUCUGCAACAAAGUGUUAAGCCAAGCGUAGUUCCUUACAAAGUUGCUUUAUCACCUAGCAAAUCUGAUGAUGGGUCAGUUUCAUUGGACGAGACAAUGUCUUCAACUGAUUCCUACAAGAUUCCUCAAGUGGAGUAUAUCGACAAUUACAAAGUUUCAGCUGUUGUUCGAUUGAAAGGAAAGCAUUGAGUAAUCUGUACAUAAGAUGGUCCAGUGGGCAGUGGCAUCCUACUAUGGAUGUUUUGUUCUCUUGAAGUUAUGAUAACACUAUCAAGGUUUGGUGGUCUACGGAUGAAUAUGGUGAUUAUAAUUGUGUCCAAAACUUGGGGAUGCAAUCUGGUGAAGGAUAUGUACCCCGGUGAGGAUAUGUAAUCAAUUAUCACUUCAUAGAGUUUAGCAUAUAAAUUUUCAUCUUUUGAAGAUUUAUUCUUUGUUUUCGUAUGGUCUUUAAGUUUGACAUAAGAUGCAUACGGUCAGAUAUUCUUCAUUCGCUAGGGAUUUCAUAUUCCAAGUUGUAGCUAAUACAACAUUUACCUGUUUGAUUUUUUUAGGACCCAUCUUCUUUGUACACUCUCUGGUUUUCAUGAUCGUACCAUAUAUUCAGUUCAUUGGUCAAGGUAUAGACUUCUCACUUUGGUGUCUUUUGAUUUUGAGGUAUUUGAAUGAAACAUUGGUAAAGUU